AUGGGUGCUGAGUCACCCAAAGAUCAGGCAUCCAACUGUUCAGAUAUCACGACACUACUGUUAAUACACUACAUUUCACCCAUAUAUGCUGUGGAGUUUGCAGUUGGCUUCCUUGGCAACCUGACUGUGAUCCUGGGCUAUGUGUUCUGCUUGCCUUCUUGGAAAUCUACAAAUGUGUACCUGUUUAAUCUGGCGAUUUCUGACCUCAUCUUCCUGUGUACCUUACCAGUGCUGACCUAUAAUUACACACACAACCGAGAGUCCCCCCCUGUAAGCUGUGUAGUUAUUCGCUACAUCCUCCAUGUUAACUUGUAUGCCAGCAUCCUUUUCAUGGUGUGGGUGGGUGUGGACCGAUUAUUACUGCUGUUAUACCCACAACGCAACCACUUUCUGUUGAACUGGAAGGCCUCAUUGUUCGUCAGUUUCCUGAACUGGAUUUGGGUGACAAUUGAGAUCGGUCCUCACAUCAACUUUAUUAUCAAUGACCUAAAGAAAACCAACUGGACCAAGUGCAAUGAUUUUGCCAGCAUGUACCAGACCACCCCUGUCCUGACCUACAGCUUGCUGCUCACCACUGUAGCAUAUGUGCUGCCACUGCUGACCUUGUAUCAGUUAUCAAGUAAGAUGGUUUCUCUGCUCCAGAAGAGAGAGGAAGUGCUCGGGACAUCCUUCCAAAGGUCAGUAAGCAUUGUGAAGGCCGCGGUGGUCAUGUUGUUGGUGCUGUACAUGCCAUAUCAUGUGAUGAGGAACAUACGCCUCGUAUCACAGCUUCCUGGUUUGGGACUGUUGCAGUGCACAAAGGCCUACAUUGAAGCAGUGUACAUAAUAACACGGCCGAUUGCAUUUUCUCACAGUGUCAUAAACCCUGUGUUUUAUGUCCUAAUGACAGACAGGUUUAGAGAGGUCCUGCGGGACAAGUGGAAGAAGUUUGGAAGAUUGGCAAAGCUUAGAAGAUUGUCAUAAGCAAAUCAAAAAAGCAAAGAACUGGCCUUCAUUUAAAUCUUACUGUGGGGCAUAU